AUGGAACGUACGGCACUCGGGCACAGGGGCACUGUCUCUACGGCGCAGGUGAGCAAGGUGGCGCGCCUGUGCUACCAGAAGGACGUGCCCAUGAUGCCCUUUGGCAGCGGGUCCGGCCUGGAGGGUGGCGUCCAGGCGUCCAGGGGUGGCGUCUGCCUCAACCUCUCCCAGAUGGACCAGCUGGUGGAGCUCCACGCGAGCGACUUCGACGUCGUCGUCGAGCCGGGCCUCACAUGGCGCAACCUCAACGGCCAGAUUCGCAACACUGGCCUCUGGUUCCCCGUCGACCCCGGCGCCGAUGCGUCCCUCGGCGGCAUGUGCGCCACCAGCGCCUCGGGCACCAACGCUGUGCGCUACGGCACCAUGCGCGAGAACGUCCUCAACCUCGAAGUGGUGCUCCCCGACGGAACAAUCGUGUACACGGCGGGGAAGGGACGCCGCUCACGCAAGACCUCCGCCGGCUACAACACGACGAACCUCUUCGUCGGCUCUGAGGGGACGCUGGGCAUCAUCACCCAGGCCACCCUGCGGCUACACUCGGCACCCCAGGUGACCGUGGCGGCCGUCUGCCCGUUCCCCACCGUCAACGCGGCCAUCGAGGCCGUGGUCCAAGUGCUCCAGUGCAGCGUGCCCGUGGCACGCAUUGAGUUCCUCGAUGAGAUGACCAUCCGCGCGUGCAACAGGUACAGCAAGACCGACUUCGUAGAGUCCCCAACCCUCUUCCUCGAGUUCCAUGGGGCGUCCGAGGAAGCCGUGCGCGAGCAGGUCGAGACUGUCAUCGAGCUCGCCGAGGGCAACGGAGGCACUGACUUCCGGUGGGCCAAGGAGCCCGAGGAGCGGAGCCGGCUCUGGAAGGCGCGCCACGCCAUCUUCUAUGCCACGUGCGCCAUGCGGCCCAACACGCGCUGCUACGUCACCGACGUGUGCGUCCCCAUCUCCCAGCUGCCUGAGCUCGUGGCGCUGGCUAAGGCGGACAUUGCCGAGAAGGGGAUCCUGGCGACCGUGGUGGGGCACGUUGGGGACGGAAACUUCCACACCAUGAUGCUCUUCGACCCCAAGGACCCUGCCGACGUCAAGAAGGUGACCGACGUGGCUCACCAGCUCGCCGAACGUGCGCUGCAGCUCGGCGGAACGUCGACGGGCGAGCACGGCGUCGGCGUCGGAAAGCAGAAGCUCCUCGUCGAAGAGCUCGGCGAAGACGGCGUGGCGCUCCUCAGGAGGCUUAAGAACGCCGUAGACCCAAAGAACCUCAUGAACCCGGGAAAGAUGUUUGCGUGAAAGGCGCCUUUAUUGGCGCCCUUCACGCGGGUACGCCCUCUGGCGUGGGGCGCUGUCGUAGCGUUGGGGCGUCGCCCCCCGGGGAGCCCUCUGGGCUGGCGUCUUUCCCACGUGGCCCGCAGCACGUCUGGGCCACGCAGUUGGUGCGGCUUGGGCAGUCCAGCACGCAGUCUUUGUCGUUGCUCUGCGAGGGAACGCAAGAUGGACUGUGAUGUCUCAAGUUCCGCUGCUGCCGUUCUAGCCAUUCGCAUAGGUAUUAGACCGGACUUGUUCGUAAGCCAGGUUAAUUCUUUUACAGAUAGGGCCGGACGUUUUUGAGCUUUAUAUUCUCUUCAAAUUGACGAAUAAUUGCUUUUACUUUUUGAAAUCAUUUUAUGUUGAGAGAAACUGAGCCUUAUUUCGACGUGCUUCAACCUACGGGUAUAAAAUUUAAUUAACAACUGGAACUGCAAGUUUCACGCACGCAUCAUAUAAAACAAAAAUUAACUAAAACACUUUCUCGUUUUUAUUUUUAAGAUUUUUUUUUUUUUAUUUUAUGGUGGCCCCCCUCAUUUUCUGACUUUCUGGGGGUAUGGAAUGCUCUUUUCAUUUUCCUACUUUCAUUGAGCUACCUUACUCUUCGCACAAAGAUAAGAACUUGGGGAUAAAGAACACUGUUCUGAGAUCUGCACUAUGUUUUAACUCCAGCAACAUCGUGGAAAGCUCAAACGUGUGCUAACAGAAGUGGGGAAAAACUCGCUUCCUCUGUCUGCUUGCACCAAUUCUUGGAGGGAAAAAGUAAUUUAGUGUUUAUAUAGUGACACAAAGGCACGGUUUCUUUUACGCAUUGUAACUAUCGCAACAUAUAUUUCAGAAAUCCAUUUGGCUACAAGUGCAUUUACUUUUUUUUUUUUUUCGUUUUAGAGAUUGUAGUUACCUUAGAGACCAGUGUCGAAUCAUACAGCUUCUUAGCUCAAAGUUGGUUCAAUUGAUAAUAGGACUGCCACGCUAAACGUCCGCACGAGCAAAGUAGCAAUGGUGCAGCCAAGGUGUAAAUACAGUUAAGAGAAGUCGUGACACGCAGUACUGGCAGCUGUGGGUGGUAUUGAGACAUGUUGUAAAGCUGCUAUUAGAGUAGAGAUGCUCUCUGGAGAAAGCAAGAUCGCUCCAGAGAUGUUCUACUGCCUGGUGGCACAACUUUACAUUGCCUCCAGCCACGUCGCAACUGACAAAAUAUGGGUAGUAUGAUCAAUGUUGGAGUAGUAUAGUAGAUAUUGUUCCGUCGUGAUUCAGCACUCCCUCGCUGUCACGCAUGACUAGUAGUUCCCUAGUCCGUACACAAGAUAGUCCAAAGACAGACGGCACUACUCUGGGGUUCCGUACAAAGUUCCUUAUAGCCUUUGGUGCCCACUUGGCAAGAUGGAUUUAUGACACUGUCAGUGCUCAAUCGUGUGACAAUGUACAGAAGGCAACAAAAAUUUUCUGAAAUAAAGCUGAAUUCUAAAAAGUG